CGUCUGACUGGAGCUAUACCAGCUCGUAGCUAGCCCCUCUUCCGAGCGGCAAGGGCACCCACCUCACAGCCGAUGGCAACCAUGUGGAGAGAGGGGCUCUAGAUUCGUUUGACUACAUGGGGAGAACCGGUCUCCUUUGUGGGUGUCGGUGGGAAAAGGGAAAGGGGGGCUGUGUUGGAAGCUACGACAGGAGAGAAGCAAGCUAAAAGGGGAUGUUGGCCCAAGCUCCUUGCAUUCAUUGAGCGGUGGACAGCUCGGGUUGUUUUCUCCGCCUUCCGGGUGCCGGUGGAAAAGCUUGAUUCGACAGUGAGGGGAGGUUCCUGAUAUCAGGGCUGGGAUGGGUGCUGAGCUGGAUGGGUAUGAGUGAUUUUCUGGUGGUGGUUAGGGGGAUACUGAGGCAAGGUACUUAGGUAGGGGACUUGGGGUACAUAUUACCUUGGUUGGUUGGGUGGUAGCUCUUUCCACCCGACACGAGGAGUAUCGCUCCUUCCGGCAUCGCGAAAGCUUGAGGUAAGUGCUAGGUGCUUCGUCACACCUUCCUCCUCCCAAAUGCGAGAGGCGGUGGUCUCGACCGACUUUCAUCGCCGUGGCAAUGCAUUUCACGCAUCAUGGGAUUCAGAAUGGGGUUGAGGGGUUUUGUGGUGUUUCGUGUUACGUAUUUCUCUGAGCACUCAUUGUCAUGGCUAUUUUGAGAUUGGUGCGUUGGAUGCCGCGGCAGAGCAUGUGCCCUUGUUGUGAUAUCCCGGGAGAGGGCUUGCCUCUAUCGAGGAAUAAUCUCCAGGACCAGCAAUGGCACAAUGAAGGGCCGCGGCGCGGGAAGGGGAGGUACUGUACGUACUUGGGCAGUGCCUCCUCGGAGUGGUUCUCAUAAGAAGCUGGUACGCCCUUUGUCCAGUCCGGUGUUAUCAGUCUCACUUCUCCUACCUGUUCCCUCCUCCUUCUGCACUGUCUUGACUCUAUCCAGUUACACCAGUCUUACUCAUAUUAUCCCCGAUUGACUCGUAAUGGGUAAACCGGAAGACAAAUCUCGCAUUCGAUGGCAGGAUAACGACGUUGAGGCCGGUCGGUCUGCGAGCCGACCGGUUCAAGGUCCUGGGCUUGAGCGUACUCGCUCUCAUGGCUCCAUGUCAAUUCGGAGUGUUCAUUCGAAUACCGGUGGUGGUGUUGAUCCCUCUGCGGCGCUGCCUAUUCAGUACCGGACUGUCUCCAUCGACAUUGAUGAUUACAACCGCAAGGCUGAAGUGGCCAACAAGCUCUCAAAGGCUACUGCGACAGGCCUUGCCGACCUCGAAUGGCACACCCUUCCCAUUGCUGACGUUGUCAAUCGCUGGACCACCUCCCUCGACCAAGGCCUCUCUCAAGACCAAAUCAAGCGCCGCCUCACUGAAUAUGGCAAAAAUACGCCCUCUCCCCCGGAGACCCACCACUUCCAACAAAUCAUGGGCUACUUCUUUAAGGGCUUCGGUUCUGUCCUCCUCGUCGGUUCCAUCCUCGUCUUCGUUGCUUGGAAGCCCCUGGGACAACCCCCGGCCCAGGCCAACUUGGCCUUGGCUAUCGUCUUGCUUGCUGUGUUCUUCAUUCAGGCCGCCUUCAACAUGUGGCAGGACUGGUCGUCGUCUCGGGUCAUGGCUUCCAUCAAGAAUAUGAUUCCUGAGGAGUGUCUUUUGAUUCGGGAAGGCGUUCAGGUUUCGGCCAUGGCUGCUGAUAUUGUCCCUGGAGAUGUGUUGCUGGUCAAGGCGGGGAAUAAGUUGCCGGCGGAUGUGAGGUUUGUGCAGGUGUCGAGUGAUGCUAAGUUUGAUCGGUCGAUCCUUACUGGUGAAUCGGUCCCUCUUGCUGCCACUGUUGAUGCUACGGAUAAGAACUACCUUGAGACCAAGAACAUUGGUCUGCAGGGCACCCAUUGCUCGUUUGGUACUUGCACUGGAGUUGUUGUCGCCACUGGCAACAAGACGGUGUUUGGACGGAUUGCCAAGUUGACCAAUGAGCCUAAGAAGGGGAUGACGCCUCUUGAGAGGGAGGUUCUCAACUUUGUCUAUGUCAUAUGUUCCAUCAUGGUGGUUAUGAUCAUUGCGGUUGUUGUUAUUUGGGCCGCCUGGCUGAGGACUACGUAUCCAGACUGGAUCAGCGUCCCUAAUCUGAUCGUUGCUUGUGUGUCGGUUGCUGUGGCUUUCAUUCCUGAAGGUUUGCCAGUAGCGUUGACGGCCAGUCUGACGAUCAGUGCGAAUAUGAUGCGGAAGAACAAGGUCUUGUGCAAGUCGUUGAAGACUGUUGAGACGCUUGGGUCUGUGUCUGUCAUUUGUUCGGACAAGACUGGGACACUGACAGAAAACAAAAUGGUGGUCACAGACUGUGCCCUUGGUGGCAAGGAAAUGACUGUGGAUGGCAUCCUCGAUGUUGCCAUCGCCGAGCGACUUACCGACGGUGACAUGGCGAGCAACUCCAUUGACCAGCUGCGCAGCGUUGCUGGGCUUUGCAACGCUGGAGAGUUUGACGCUGCCACGAGGAGCCUGCCCAUUAGUGAAAGAAAGAUUCACGGUGACGCUACUGACCAAGCCAUUCUGCGGUUUGCAGAAGGCUUGGGUCCUGUGUCUGAGCUCAAGCGCUGUUGGGCUACGAAGUUCAACCUCGCCUUCAACAGCAAGAACAAGUUCAUGAUUCGCGUUCUGGGAUACACCCAUCCUGAUGGGCUGAGCUUGGCUUUACCCACUGGAACGGCGUCUGUCUUUGAGCCUGGCGAUAUGCUCUUGACUAUCAAGGGAGCUCCAGAGAUAUUGAUGGACCGUUGUACCAACUUUACUGGUAGUUCGGGCGUUGCCAUGACCUUGACUCCUGAAGUUAGAGAGAAGUUCAACCGCAUCAAGAAUGAUUGGUCUGCACAAGGGCGUCGGGUAUUGCUUUUGGCCCACAAAGCACUCUCCAGGCGCUCCUUUAAGUCGUCUCCCUCUUCCUCGGCUGCCUUUGAGGCAGAGACUCUGGAGGAAGCCAAAUCUGGACUCACGCUCGUGGGCCUGGUCGCUAUUGUUGACCCUCCCCGGCCUGAGAUCCCAGAGGUGGUCAAGAUUCUUCGGACGGCUGGCAUUCGCAUGUUUAUGGUCACUGGAGACUUUGCCUUGACGGCCCAAGCUAUCGCUAGAGAGUGCGGCAUCAUCACCAACCCAGACAGCGUUGUCGCCAACGUCACCGCUCUGUCCCGGGAGCCCACCGAAACCAAAAAUCACAGGGAUCACACUCCGUCUGAAGAAGGCGACGAGGGGCUCUCAAAGUCCAUCGUGCUGACCGGCCCGGAUCUCAUCACCCUCAACAGCACCCAAUGGGACGCUCUCGUCUCCUCCUACAACGAAGUCGUCUUUGCCCGAACAACCCCCGAGCAAAAACUGCGAAUCGUCCGUGAGCUCCAGGACCGCGGUCACGUCGUGGGCAUGACAGGCGACGGCGUUAACGACGCCCCCGCCCUCCGCGCAGCAGACAUUGGCAUUGCCAUCGGCGGCGGGAGCGACAUUGCCAUUGAGGCCGCUGACAUGGUCCUUCUCGAGUCCUUCUCCAGCGUGGUCGAAGCGGUCCGCUUUGGUCGGGUGCUGUUUGACAACCUCAAGAAAACCAUCGCGUACCUCCUCCCCGCUGGAAGUUUUGCUGAGUUCUGGCCCAUCAUGACAAACGUCGCUUUUGGGCUGCCGCAGAUUUUGAGCUCGUUUUUGAUGAUCAUUAUUUGCUGUUUUACGGAUUGUCUGGCUGCUACCGCGCUGGCGUAUGAAGCUCCCGAGGCGGAUGUUUUGAAGAGGCCUCCGAGACGGGUCGGGGUGGAUAGAUUGGUUGAUUGGAGGUUGAUUGUGCAGAGUUAUGGGUUUGUGGGUGUGAUUGAGACGGUGGUGGCCUUUGCGAUGGCGUAUUGGUUUUUGGAGAGGGAGGGGGUCAAAUUUGGGGAUUUGUGGUUUGGGUUUGGGAGGGUGCCGGGGGGUAUGUCGGGAGAGGAGGUUGUAGCGAGGUUGAAUGUGGCUAGUUCGGUGUACUUUGUGACGUUGGUUGUGGUGCAAUGGUUCAAUUUGUUGGCGGUUAGGACGAGAAGGUUGAGUAUUUUUCAGCAUCCGCCGUUGUUUAACAAGGAGACGAGGAACUACUACUUGUUUCCGGCGGUGUUGUUUUCGUUGGUGAUGGCGUUUUUUUGGUUGUAUAUUCCGAGUUUGCAGAGUGUUUUGGGGACGGCGGAGGUGCCGGUGGAGUACUGGUUCUUGCCAAUGUGUUUUGGGUUGGGCAUUUUGUUGUUGGAUGAGGGGAGGAAGUGCAUGGUGAGGAGGUAUCCUGGGGGGUUUUGGGGGAGGGUAGCUUGGUGAGAUGUUAUGACGGCGAGGGGAACUAGGGAGGGGAUUUUGAUGGGACAUAUGUAGCCGAUUCUGAUGAGAGUGAAUUUUCUUUUUCACAUGAAUGAAAGAGUGGGUGGUGAAAUAAAAUAUCGAGGCUUUGUUUCCUA